CUCUUUUCCUCCACAUCAAUCAUGGUUCACAAAGUCCUCUUCUGGGGCGGCUUCGGCAUCGCCGUCCGUCUCUGGCAACUCGGUAUCGAAAUGCGUCCCAUCCUCGCCAAGGAGUCCCUCUGGGUGUACCCCCUCUUCGCCGGAGUCGGAGGCAGCUUCGGUUACUGGCUGCAGGGCGUCGAGAACCGUCAAUUGAGAAUUCUUGCACAGCGCCGGGAAGCUAUCCUGGAGAAGCGCCGGAGGAGAGAUGAGCGCGAGUCGGUGGGGUUGAGCAAGCCUGAAGAGGCGGGUGUUUUGGCUGCGGCGGCAUAAAUGAAUGUGAUGUUGUUGCGAUGAUGAAGGAUAGGAAAGAAUCGUGGUUGGUUGGGUGCUAGAGCUGGCCGGAAAACUGAGGCUUCUGUACAUUGCGUUUGUUGUGAAUUCUAUUAUAUUACAUUAUAUCAUUCAUUUCCUGCGUCGCGGUGGUGGUGGUGGUGUUUUUGGCGGUUUCUGAGGGAUUGGAGGGUGGAAGGCUAUGGGAACUGGUCCGAAGGCCUGGAUCUAGGCUUGAUGGUAUUUGACUGGUGAAGGGAGAUGGAUAUAGAUGUAUGCCAGGUGUCUUACUUAUGUCGGUUGUAUUGUCUAGAGAGGUAUUGGGGGUAGGGAGGUCCUCUGAUAAUUGCAGAAUG